ACUCUUUGUUCAUGUUGUUGGAGAGCUAAACACUAACAGUGAACGGAACCACGUUGAAGGAGCUUCCAAUUUUGGAAUUAGUGUCACAAUUUUUAAGCGUUACUAAUAACUUCGUUUUAUUUUUUAUUUUUUUCUUUUCAAUAUUAAAUAAUUCUACAAGCUACCCAAGUUAUUGUUUUUUUCUGAAACUGCAUGCAUAAGAAAGACAGAAGAAAAAGAACAAAUCUUGGAACCUUUUUGUUAAUGAACUUCACAAGUUAACUCAUCUUGGUGGAAUCUUUUUUCUUCUCGUGUGUAUCGCACAAGAUUCUUAGAGUUGUUUUUUCGGUGCUAAAGUUCAUAAUUUUCAAGAGUUGCUAUGUUCAUUCUUGUCAAUUGAUAGUAAUUGAAGAAUUUUAGCAAAAUGGGUGGAGAUUAUUUGUCCAUGUUUCAGCUAGAAACAAAGAGAUUUCUAUGGUUUAUUGGCAUUACUUUUUCUGUAAUCUUAGCUCUUCAGUAUCUUGAGCUUCCAUAUGGCAAUGUUCUACUCUCUCUAUUCUCUUCUGACAAAAUACCAACAUCACAAAGCACUAUAUCUCAAACCAUUGUUACCAAUGUCACAAUUUUCAAUGAAUCAAACUCUACUGAUGCAACUAAGGAUACUAUGCCAAUAAUUGGUUUUGUCUUGGAACCAGAAUGGCCACAAAACAAAUCUGAAAAAUUUCAUGAAUCAGGUAAUGAUGAAACUAAUAUACAUCAGGAAGAACAAAACAUUACACCAUUGUCAACACAUGAACAUAAAUCUGGAAGACUAGAUCCAUAUUCUCCUUCUCCUGAGAAUGCACCUACGAAUUUAGCACCGCCUUUUGGUUUUAAAACAAAUGUGAGUCCAAAUAUAACAACUGCAAUGUUAUCAAAUGAUGAUAACAUAGCUAACUCGAUAAAGAAAGAGAGUUUUAGGCCAUCACAAAAUGGUGGCAAUAUACAAGGGAAGAGUUCUUCUAUCAGCAGCAAUGUGCCUAAGGAGAAUCAAGAAUCUCAUACACAAAUUCCAGAAGUUACAACAAUAUCUGAAAUGAACAAGUUAUUGUUUCAAAGCCAUGCUUCAUAUCGUUCUAUGAAGCCAAGGUGGUUUUCAGAUGUUGAUCAAGAGUUACUACAAGCAAGAUCAGAGAUUGAAAAUGCACCAAUUGUAAAAAAUAAUCAAAAUCUUUAUGGUCCCAUUUAUCAUAAUGUUUCAAUGUUCAAGAGGAGCUAUGAAUUAAUGGAAGAGAACCUCAAAGUGUAUAUAUACAGAGAAGGAGCUAGACCGAUACUGCAUUCACCAUUUCUCACAGGAAUCUAUGCUUCUGAAGGGUGGUUCAUGAAGCUAAUGGAAGCUAAUAAAAGAUUUGUAACAAAAAAUCCAAAAAAGGCCCACCUGUUUUACUUGCCUUUCAGUUCUAGGAUGCUAGAGGAAGUCUUGUAUGUAAAGGAUUCACAUAGCCACAAGAACCUGAUUCAAUAUCUACAUGCUUAUGUAGACCUGAUCGCGGGGAGAUAUUCAUUCUGGAACCGAACCGGAGGGGCUGAUCAUUUUCUUGUUGGUUGCCAUGAUUGGGCUCCAUCUGAAACAAAGUUGCACCUGGCGAACUGCAUAAGGUCCCUCUGCAACGCUGAUGUAAAAGAAGGAUUUGUCUUCGGUAAAGACGCAUCUCUUCCAGAAACAUAUGUCCGCAACGCUCAAAAUCCAACUAGGGAUCUUGGAGGCAAUUCAGGUUCAAAGAGGACAACAUUGGCCUUCUUUGCAGGGAGCAUGCAUGGUUAUUUGAGGCCAAUACUUUUGCAGCACUGGGAGAAUAAAGAUCCCGACAUGAAAAUCUUUGGAAAACUGCCGAAGUCUAAGGGAAACAGUAACUACAUUCAGUACAUGAAGAGCAGCAAGUACUGCAUUUGUGCAAAAGGGUAUGAAGUGAAUAGUCCAAGAGUUGUGGAAGCCAUUUUCUAUGAAUGUGUUCCAGUUAUUAUAUCUGACAAUUUUGUGCCACCCUUUUUUGAGGUUUUGGAUUGGGAAUCCUUUGCUGUUUUUGUUUUGGAGAAGGAUAUUCCAAAUUUGAAAAAUAUACUACUUUCUAUUCCAGAAAAGAGGUAUCUUAGAUUGCUGAUGAGGGUCAAAAAGGUUCAACAGCAUUUCCUUUGGCACAAGAACCCUGUCAAGUAUGAUAUAUUUCAUAUGAUCCUUCAUUCUAUUUGGUACAAUAGAGUCUUCUCUGCCACUAGCUAGAUAUAUACUACUUGGAGAUAUUGGAGAUAGGGUAGGAGUAGGUUGUAUAUUUUUUUCUUUUGAGUUGCUUAGCUGAGAUAAUUUGGUCACUAAUUAAAAUAUUGAUAAGGUCGACUAUAGUAUAGGUUUGGAGGUUUGGUAUUGAUAAAAAAAUUGUCUAUAUUUUUCAUGUGCUGUCUAAUUAGUUGAUAUUUUCCUUCCUUUGAAUA